UCAGUCCCUCUCCGUGGGUUCCGAGGGAUGGCAAGCACUAGCUCUUCAUUCACCUUGACCAAUUUCGUUCUUCCUGUUUUCAGUUCACGAGGAAGAAAAAAGAUUGCAUCAUGCAACCCUAUGAGAAAAUGCCAUCUCCCCAAAAUCCCAAUUUCUGUCCCCAUUUCUUCAUAUUCUCGAUUAGAUUCAAAUGGGUAUCGUUUGGCCUCCUGUUUGAAUGCUUCUUUGGUCGACCCAGCUGAAGAUAAGAGUUCCCCCAAUAUGGAUUCGCUGACUAAGAGCCCCCAACAUGAAGUUCUGAGCAGCACAUGGAACUGGCGGGGAUAUUCUAUUCGGUAUCAAUAUUCGGGGAACAGUGGCCCUGCACUAGUUUUAGUUCAUGGGUUUGGGGCAAACAGUGACCAUUGGAGGAAAAACAUUCCAGUUCUUGCAAGAUCGCAUAGGGUAUAUUCAAUUGAUCUUAUUGGUUAUGGUUAUUCUGACAAACCAAAUCCACGUGAGUUUGGGGUCAACCCCUUUUACACAUUUGAGACAUGGGCCAAUCAGAUAAAUGAGUUUUGCAUUGAUGUGGUUAAAGACGAAGCAUUCUUCAUAUGUAAUUCGAUUGGAGGAGUUGUUGGCCUUCAGGCAGCAGUUAUGGAGCCUCAGAUCUGCAAGGGCAUUGUCCUUCUAAAUAUAUCCUUACGUAUGCUUCAUAUCAAGAAGCAGCCUUGGUAUGGUAGACCUGUUAUCAGAUCAUUUCAGAAUUUUCUAAGAAAUACUGCUCUGGGAAAAUUCUUCUACAAAACUGUUGCCUCUCCACAAGCAGUGAAAAGUAUCCUUUGCCAGUGUUACCAUGACACCACUCAGGUGACUGACGAGCUAGUUCAGAAGAUUCUUUUGCCUGGACUUGAGCCUGGAGCUGCAGAUGUUUUUCUUGAAUUCAUUUGCUACUCAGGGGGUCCUCUACCUGAGGAACUAUUACCUCAAGUAAAGUGCCCUGUUCUGGUAGCAUGGGGGGAUAAGGAUCCCUGGGAACCCAUUGAACUUGGAAGAGCCUAUGGAAAUUUCAGCUCAGUAGAAGACUUCAUUGUCCUCCCUGAUGUUGGACACUGCCCUCAGGAUGAAGCACCUCAUCUUGUAAAUUCACUUGUGGAGUCGUUCGUGGCACGCCAUGCUUCAGCCAAAACUCGUGCUUCUCUGGAAACUGUUUAAUCCGUUGAGUCAUUUUGUUGAUGUUCAUUACUUCUCAUCAAUCCACGUAUUCAAUGUAAAAGGAAGAUAUGUACUCGUGCAUUACAGAAAAAUUGAGUAUCAAUUCUUUGAAAGCUUAGGGUCAUAGAUGUAUUUAGCACACCAAUUUUUCUGUUAACAAAAUAUCUUGUUUUCUAGUGGUUAACAAUUUGUGCUGCUAGAUGCUGUCUUCCUUUAUAGUGAGAUUUGCUCUUC